AUCACCAACAUUUCAAAAGUCAGCUGAUGAGUUAGUCAUCGAGUGGGAGUCCCUGGGUCUUGUUUUCUCUACUAGUCUUGGUCUACAAACACACGGGAUCCACGUCUUUAUUGCGUUGCGCCCAGAUCCAGGAUGGCUCUUGUGAAAAGUGGAUGGCUUCAUAGACAGAGCACCAUCUUGCGGCGAUGGAAAAAGAAUUGGUUUGACCUUUGGUCUGAUGGAAGGCUUGUGUUCUAUGAUGACCAGCAGCGACGUGACAUGGAGGAUGAGAUACACAUGAGAAUUGACUGCAUAAACAUCCGCAAUGCAAAUGCAUGUCGAGAAUUGACACCACCUGAGGGCAAGGGUCGGGAUUCCCUUCUGCAGAUCGUCUGCAGAGAUGGACGGGUUAUCAGCAUCUGUGCAGACAGCUCUGAUGAUUCUCUGGCAUGGACAAUGGCUCUCCAGGAUGCUAGAGUUAACACGGUUGUGGCUACACCCCAGAUUGGCAUGGCUGAGGAGGUUGUUGCCACGGCCCCUCCGCCAUACUCUGAGUGUGCCCCAGCCUCUCAGGUUUACUGUCCAGACCAAUAUGGAGGCUAUGUCCCUCAGCCUCCUCCACAUGGCACCCAAAUGGUUUAUUCUCCUGAUGGUCAAUACUACACCGUUGCUUACCCAUACCAGUAUCAAGGAGCUUACCCUCCUCCUGGAGUCAACCACGUCGUUGUCCAGGAGCGUCGCCGUGACGACGCAGGUGAUGUAGCGCUGGGCAUGCUUGCAGGUGCUGCGACUGGAUUGGCUCUUGGAUCUCUCUUCUCUGUGUUCUAAUAUGUUGCUCCCAAACUCAUGUAAAGAUUUCUUACUCCACAGAUCACAUAUUGUUAAGGCAGCUGUCCAAGUGAAGGUUUAACUGCAGUAUCACUGCAAUAUAAUAGCUAUUAUCCUUGUUUUAGUUGGGCUUUGAAGUGUAUCUGUGUGAACUAACCUUUCUGUCUUUGUACCAAAGACCUAUUAUCCCCUGUACCUCACUUUAUGUCAGGCUUCUUAGUAAGUAAGUUACACAUCUAUGAAAAUAACUAUGUUAACCAAAUAUAAUGAUGAAGGGAACAAUAUUUUAUUUAGAUUCAUGUAUUGAUGAGUAUUCAUUUUGAUAUGGGCUAGAUGAAGUCUUAAUGUGAUUUUUCAUGAAGGCCCACUUUGAGUCACCAUGAUGGAAUCAGAGUUUCAGAUAGGUGAAACCUCCUUUGACACAAUAUGGGUAGAUAUCAACUUCUUUGAUUAUUGGUCUAGUAUGUAAGUAUUGGUGCCUUCAGGGUCUCCCUGUUUUGGCAAUUGUGGCUUUGCACUUUCUUAAACUUUUACACACCCAAGCACACCCUCCUCAUUCAGUUUUAACUCCAGGAUGUUUCUUUUCUGAUGUGUUCAUAAUAAGAAUUUAGUUUUAUGUUAUUCUUGUCAUGUUCUAAAUGUUUUUCUGAUAUGUGCAGUAGAUUUUACACUCCAUAAGAUCAAUAAUUAGACUCUGAUCGACCAUUUAUCUGUGUGUGUAUAUAUCUAUAUCAAAUAUCCAAGACUUGGGAUUGGUCAGAACAUUUCAUCACCUUGUGUCUUUCAGAAUAUGUGUCAUUAUUUAUUGUCUCCGAUAUGUACAAACAGAUGCACAAAUAUGAAGGGUAAUUAGGGAAACUAUAGGUAAUUUACUCACAUACUUCACUCAGUAGCCUCAGGGCAUCCAGCUAUUAUAAAUGAUGGAUCAGGACUUCUUCCAUUCAAAUCGCCAUGCACUUUCACAAAUGAAUUAUUUGUCAUUGAAGCUAUUUAUUUGCUUUGUGUUUUCCACAUAAUUUGUUUUCCCUUCUAAAUGAGUUACUGACCAUGUUCAAUAGACCUCUGAAGUUCGCCUACAAAAAAGCCACCAUCUUUGCCCAAAUAAGGAGAUCCGGUAUCUCAAGAUUUUUUCUAUGGGAAAAUAACAUGGGGAUUUUGAAUUAUCGCACCUGUUACACUCUCACUGGGACGAAGAAAUUGGAAAAGCAGACGUUUUGCGCUACAAAGUUUUGUCCUCUGCCUUCAAGUGCAUACUGUGAUCUUCGAUAGGUGAAGAUGGCACACUUUGAUCUUCGCUACCCCAGAGCUAACUUACAAUGCAACUUGCCAUAGGCAGUUAGCUUCAAUUAACUCCCGGAUCUCCUUAUAUGGGCAAAGAUGGCAGCUUUGGAUCCUUUUUGUAGGCGAACUUCAGAGGUCUAUACUAAGAUAUUUUGUCCCCUACGAGAUGACUGGUCAGAGGGCCAGCAGUCUGAUAGAAGUUCAUUACUUUGUUCUGCUUAUACUAUAUGUAAUGUAAUAUCUUCUGAGUGGCAUUUCUGAUGAUUCUCUUGAGGAUGGAUUUUUAACAUACAUGCUACAUUGCACAAAAAUGUAUUGUUAUUAUUUACAAAGGUCUUGGAUUUCAAGUCAAUAAUUUAUUGUCAUUUUAUUCAAAGUUAACAUUACAAUAAAAUGAAUACAUGUAUGAAAGU